CGCAAGUGGGAAGGGCUGGGGGCGCCCAGACACCGCCUUCUCAUGAAUAAUGCAGGAUCCGGGAGGUGUCCCGGACCCGGAAGUGGAGUUGCAGAGUCACCGCAGUGGCUGAGCUGCUGACAGGAGGCGGCGGCGGAGGAGGAGGCGAGGCAAGACCUGCGGCUCCGCGGGGCUACUGCCGCGGUAGCUCUAGGCAACCCCACGGAGCUACGCCGGUCUCAGUCAUCCCGCGAGCCUCUCACCGCCUAUCCAUCCUUCCAUCCGCUUAUCCGCCCGACCGGUCCAGGGCGGCCUAGUCUGCAUAAUCUGCCGGGCUUCUGGGGCCGCCGCCCCGCGCGGUCCCAUCGGCGUCCCUGGCCGCGCCCGGCCCCUGGCCCGCUCGCCCGCCGGCACCAUGAUGGAGGAGAUCGACCGGUUCCAGGUGCCCACCGCGCACUCGGAGAUGCAGCCGCUGGAUCCAGCCGCAGCCUCUAUCUCAGACCGAGACUGUGACGCCCGGGAGGGUGAGUCAGUAGCCAUGAAUUACAAACCAUCCCCGCUCCAAGUGAAGCUGGAGAAGCAAAGGGAGCUGGCCCGGAAGGGUUCCCUGAAGAACGGCAGCAUGGGCAGCCCUGUCAACCAGCAACCCAAGAAGAACAACGUCAUGGCCCGGACGAGGCUGGUCGUCCCUAAUAAAGGCUACUCCUCGCUGGACCAGAGCCCUGAUGAGAAGCCACUGGUAGCUCUUGACACAGACAGCGACGAUGACUUUGACAUGUCCAGAUACUCUUCCUCUGGCUACUCCUCUGCCGAGCAGAUCAACCAAGAUUUGAACAUCCAGCUGCUGAAAGAUGGCUACCGGUUAGACGAGAUCCCCGACGACGAGGACCUAGACCUCAUCCCCCCCAAGUCUGUGAACCCCACCUGCAUGUGUUGUCAGGCCACUUCCUCCACCGCCUGCCACAUUCAGUAGUGGGCGGGGUCGCCGCGGUGCACGGGGCGCUGACCUGGGCCCAGUGGGAUGCAGCAGGGGAGACCCCUACCCUGCUGGUCCGCUGGUCCCCAGCCCCGCGCCUCUUACAGCCGCCAACCUCGUAACAGUCAUUGCUUCCUCCUAUGGUAGGACGUGUACCUCUGUGUGUUCAAGGAGCCGGAGAAACCAAAACCGGGUCUGUCCCCAGCCCCGGGGCUGAGGAGGGGUAGGCACUGUUUGUUCGGUUACUUGGGGGGACUACACCCAAGCACCCUGCCACCUCUCCCAUAGCUGCAGUCAGGGGGGCAGCACUGAAGGCCAGGAGGCCAAAUGUAAGCGUCGGGUGAAGGGAUCACAGGGCCGGAAGGUUGGCCCCAGCCAGUGAAGCCAUGAAUCCCCCCACGCCCAGCUUGGAAAGGAAGGAAAGGGGUUUGGAGAAGAAAAGGCUCCAAGCAAUGGGGGCAGUUCUCACACCUCAGAGCCCCUCUCCCCAAACCCUGUGCCAGCCCAUACACCUAUUUGUGUUUUCCCCUCAUCUCUAGAUGGGAAGCCUGGCAACGCUGUCCAAAGGGAUACUGUCUCUCCAUUAGAUAACUCCCUCCACUGUCUCCCUCCCCUGCUUUCUUACUUUCUGAGGGUUGGGAAGGUAAGAUGGGCCUUAGAAAGAAGCCAGGUUUGGGGAUGGUAUGACCUGUUCUCACCGGUCUCUAACCAGUGCAUCUGUCUCUCUGCCUCAUCCCCACGCCACCCUGCCACCCCCAGUCUUCUGUCUAUUGGUUCUAGGCUGGAAGCAAGAGAUAAGGCUGGCCUCCUGUGCCCAUUGCCAUUUCACCCUAGCUCAAAGUCCAGGAGGCAGGCUUCCAGAAAGGCUCUUCAAGAGCAAGCUUAAGAAAAUACAGUGAGCCAAGUGGCUGUAUGCAUAUGGUAUGGUAUGGUAUGGUAUGGUAUGGUAUGGUAUGGUAUGGUAUGCACAUGUGUGUGCAUGUG